AUGUCUAAUGGACUGAUCGAGCGCUGGCACAGAUCGUUAAAGGCCGCAAUAAAGUGCUACACGACCAACAACUGGGUUGAAGUAUUGCCGCUCAUACUACUGGGUUUUCGUUCAUCAUGGAAAGAGGACUUGAAUGCUACGCCGGAUGAAAUGGUUUAUGGCGAAACUUUGCGGAUCCCAGGCCAGUUUUUCGCAGAUGAAAAUACCCGAAAUACCACUGAAUGCGAAUUUGUCAGCAAUCUUCGGGAGCGCAUGCGAUCGCUGAGACCGACGCAGACGUCAAACCACUCUGUUCAUUCACCUUUUGUAGAAAAACAUCUAUAUUCGACACCGUCAGUAUUCGUGCGUAACGAUGCCGUGCGAAAACCUCUGCAACCGCCAUAUGACGGACCGUUUCCCGUAAUCGAACGCAACGAGAAAUUCUUUAAAAUUAAAAUACGAGGAAAAGAUACCAACGUCAGCGUCGACCGCCUAAAGGCAGCGUUUAUAGCUGGAGAAAAGUCACACACAGAAUCUACUGCUAAU